AUGGAAAACAGAAAAUGUGUUACACUGCAGGAGGGGUUACACCUAUAUUUCCACAGGAAAAGAAAAGGAAGAUCAGCCAUAUUAGAGUGCCCGAGAUACUGGCAUCAACACUGGAACAAAUGCUUAUUUAUUUCUCAAAUUUCCAAACCUUGGAUAGAAGGUCUAGCAGCCUGCUCUAUAAAAGAUGCCACUUUGUUGCACAUUGAAAAUAAAGAAGAACUGAGAUUCGUGCAGAACUUUAUAAAGGGAAAAGAACAGCUAUUUUUUAUUGGACUAAAUUAUGUACAAGAGGAGAAGGUCUGGAAGUGGAUAAAUGGCUCUAUUUUAAAUCCUGACUUAUUACGAACCACUGGCAAGGAUGUAGAAAACAGCUGUGCCCUCAUCUCACACACAGAAGUGUUUUCAGAUUCCUGUUCUUCAGACAACCAUUGGAUCUGCCAAAAGACCCUGAAACAUGUCUGA